AUGGUGCCAAGAAGGGAGAAUAAAGAUAUCCUUGGUUCAUCAGUCACUGAAAUCAACUCACAUAUUCUGAUACCAUCCAUUUCGGAUGAGAAAAACAAGAAAACCAAGAAGAUAUUGGAACAUAAUUAUACCACACCAAUUGAGUUCCUACUUGUUGGAUUCACAGAUUAUCUACCUCUCAGAGUCACACUAUUCUCAAUAUUUCUCAUAGUCUAUACACUAACUGUGGUGGGAAAUAUAGGUUUAAUAAUGUUAGUUAAUAUCAAUUCAAGCCUUCAAACCCCCAUGUAUUAUUUUCUCAGCAGCUUGUCUUUCUUAGACAUCAGCUAUUCUACAGCAAUCACUCCUAAAAUGCUGGUGAAUUUCUUAGCAUCCAAGAAAAGCAUCUCCCCCUAUGGGUGUGCACUACAAAUGUUUUUCUUUGGCUGUUUUGCUGAUGCUGAGUGCCUUAUUCUGGCAGCAAUGGCAUAUGACCACUAUGCAGCCAUCUGUAAUCCAUUGCUCUAUUCUACACAUAUGUCUCGGCGAGUCUGUAUCUGCUUCAUUGUGUUGGCAUACUUCAGUGGAAGUGUGACCUCGAUGGUCCAUGUCUGCCUCACAUUCAGGCUGCUAUUUUGUGGCUCCAAUAUUGUCAACCAUUUUUUCUGUGAUAUCCUGCCUCUCUUGGCUUUAUCGUGUACAGACACUCAUAUCAAUGAAAUUCUACUCUUUGCCUUGUGUAGCUUCAUCCAGACCAGCACUUUUGUGGUCAUCUUUUUCUCUUACUUCUGUAUCCUCAUCACUGUUUUCAGCAUCAAGUCCUCAGGUGGCAGAAGGAAAACGUUCUCUACCUGUGCUUCCCAUCUCAUAGCAAUAUCCUUAUUUUAUGGAACGCUCCUGUUUAUGUACUUACGUCCCAUUGUCAGCUACUCCCUAGACACUGACAAAGUGGUUGCAGUGUUGUAUACUGUUGUCUUUCCCAUGCUUAAUCCACUAAUCUAUAGCUUCAGAAACAAGGAUGUAAAAAAUGCCCUCAAAAAGUUGGAUUGGACUUUCAAAUGA